UCAGUCUUAUUAGUUCUUGUAACCGCUGAAUAAAUAACUACGUAAUGGCAAUCGUUAAAAGUUUAUUGGCAGUAGUCUUAUUACUUCUCACCAGCCCAGACGUUCUUCUUCAAGAUAAUGAAACAGUAAAUGAUCAAAUAGUGCAUGAUGUCAACGAGAAUCGAUUUCGUCUACGACAGAAUGUUGUGCCCAUCCAUUACGAUAUAAAACUAAUACCACAUAUUGUGGAAAAUAAUUUUACUACUAAUGGCGAAACGAACAUCGAUGUUGAAGUGCGCGAAUCGACGAAUGACAUCGAAUUGCACGUUUUAGACCUCACAAUAGACGAAUCGCUGACAAAGCUAAUUCGCAAAGAUGUAGAUGUAAAUUCUAAAUCGGAGUAUGUUCCAGAGCAGCAUGUAUAUAACUUUGAAACACAAAUUUUGAUAUUAAGAUUUGAGGAACUAUUGGAUCCUGUAAUGUAUACGUUGCAUUUGACUUUCACGGGUGUGAUACGUCCGGAUUAUUCUUGGAAACGCGGAUUGUACAGAAGAUUUUAUAUUAACGACACGAGGCACAAGAUUUACUUCUUGGAGACAAUAGUUUAAAUAGUAACAUACAACAUAUUAUGAUAAUCACUCACGAAUUAGCGCACCAAUGGUUCGGAAAUUUAGUCAGUUCAGUUUGGUGGAAAUAUUUGUGGUUGAGCGAAGGC